AUGGUGGGGCAGACGCUGACAUCAGCAAGUACUCUUACGUGGGAACCAUACAUUCUGCUUACACUAAAGUACGUCACCACGGCUGUAUCGUGCCUUGACUGGUUUUGGGUGGACACAUAUGUUCCUCUCGAAGCUAAGCAGAGUAAGAAAGGAGGCUCUCAAAAAGCUGAGAAGAUUCGCGUCGUGGAAGUUUUCGAGCAUCCGAAGUUCAGCUCAACGUGGCUCACGAAUGAUGUGGUAGUGCUCAAACUAGAGAAGUCAUCCAGCCACAAACCAGCACGUCUGGGAGACGCCGACGGAUCUGAUGACAAGCUCAAAACGAAGGCUACUGUCCUAGGAUGGGGAGAGGUCCAGUUUCGUCUCGAAGGCGUUCAAGCUUGCGUCGGUCUGGAAUUUCUGCUGCUGGCUCCUGGCGUGUAUCUGUGCGCAGGUGUUCUUCCAGGAUCUCAGCGUAAGUCGCACGCGCUCAUGCUGCAGGUGACGAAGCACGGUUGCUUCGUUUCCGAUGAAAGCCUCGUGCAGAUGCCGCUGUAA